AGAACUUAUAUUCACCAAUAAUCAUAAUAAAAGUGGUGGAACUUCCAAUACCCAAUUCACCAAUUGCGAUAUGAUUUUAUCACUAUCUCUGAACGAUUUCUGACACUGAUUACUACGUACUAGUAAAUACAUCUUUCGCUUAACGACUGUUGGCGAAGGGCUAGAUCCGGGGCUAGAUGUUCUGCAUGACUUCAGGCCAGUUAGCCCUUAGUGACGGCGAGAUGGAAAGCAGUCAUGACAAUCACAUAAUUAAAGAGGAGAACAAUGGGGACUCCGACGCCCGGAUCGGUGUCGAUGAUGACCACGAAGUGAAGCUUGAACGCCGGCUUAGUCUCCUGGAUGGCAUCAUGAUCAACAUCGGUGUCAUCAUCGGAUCCGGAAUCUUCAUUUCACCAAAGGGUGUCCUGGCCGGUGUCGACAGCGUAGGAGCCACCUUGUGUAUCUGGCUGGCUGGCGGUGUCUUUUCUGUCUUCGGCGCUAUUUGCUACAGCGAGCUAGGUACGAUGAUCCCAGCAUCGGGAGGCACUUACACCUAUGUCAGGGUAAUCUUCGGAGACCUUUGGGGAUUCUUAAGCUGUUGGUCUCUUACAUUGUUCUCUCAAUCUAUCGCCAAUGCUGUAAUUGCGUUGAUGAUAUCCAAGUACUGCCUUGAGCCAUUUUACCCUGAUUCGGAAUGUCCGCCACCAAGGGUAGCCGUCAAACUUCUCGCCGUUGCAGCCGUUCUGAUUAUCACGUUUGUGAAUUGUUGGGACGUGAAGCUCUCGUCCCGUCUUCAGAACGUGACGUCGUUCACCAAGCUUGUCGGGCUCGGCGUCAUCAUCUUCAUGGGGGUGGUCAAACUCGCGAACGGGCAUACCGAAAACUUUCAAAACCCUUUCGCAUCGACAAACAUCCAAGGACUUGCGCCAGCGUUCUACGCUUGCCUCUUCUCUUAUGCAGGUUGGCAAAGUCUAAACUCGGUCGUAGAAGAACUGAAGAACCCUUCCAGGAACCUUCCAAUUGCCGUCAUAGUUCCUCCUACUGUGGCAACCGUUGUAAAUACUCUUACCAAUGUUGCAUACUUUGCCGUACUCUCCUCUUCGGAACUACUGCGUUCUGAAGCCGUUGCAGUCAGUUUCGCCGAGCAAGCCCUUGGGAAAUUUUCUGCCGUUGUAUACAUAUGCGUUGUCUUGUCCUGUAUCGGUUCUCUUAACGGGAGCAUCAUAUCGCAUUCAAGAACGUACUUCAUAGGCGCCAGGGAAGGCCAUCUCCCACGGUUCUUUGUCCAAGUUGGGAUACGUCACAAGACGCCACUCCUGUGCGUCGUCACAUCGUCACUUGUAACAAUCGCACUCUGUUACGUUGAUAGUAUUUUCUUGCUCAUUAACGUCUCCCGCUUCCUGAACUGCUUCUUCUUUGGACUGUUGGCCCUCGGGAUCCUGUACCUUCGAAUCAAGGAACCUGAGCGACCAAGAUCUUUUCACGUCACCUUCAUCAUCCCUGUCAUAUUCCUGAUGAUGUGCUCAUUUCUGACUGGGUUUUCCUUCUGGGGAGCACCCAUGGAUUCGCUCAUCGGCGUAGGGAUUAUCUUAAGUGGGAUACCGCUUUACUACAUCAGGGGUCGAUGUAUCAUCCGAGCUUCGUGGGUGACGCGUCUUUAUCGACGCACAAUUGUUUUCCUUCAAAAGGUAACGUUUGUUUCCCCUGAAAGAAUUAACCAAUGACGUCGCGUCUGCUUGUUUCAGUUCAAUUCAAUCAACAUCAUAUCGAAAAGAAUAGAUGAACGAGUCGAACAGAUAGGAAAAGAUUGAUUCUAUCAUAUCAAUUUUAAGGGUUUUCCUUCAUGGAUAUUUCGUUUUCAGGACCCUUUUUUCUGCGAUUCACAAUUAUCAUUUUAUUGCCUAUUAUUUUACGUUUUGUCUUUAAGUCUCAACACUUAUAUAUAAACGUUUUACUUUAGAAAAUAAAUGUCUUUUAGAUGUUGCU